GGGAGCCGCGGCGUGCCCGAGGUCGGAGCGGGCGGAUGGCGCUGCGCGGCUCCCUGUGGGCCGGCCGGGCUCUGCUGCGCGCCCCGGGGCCCCCCGCCCGCGGGAUCUCCGCCGGCAGCCGGCCGCCGGCCUUCGGGUUCCUGUUCGAUGUGGACGGGGUGCUGGUGCGGGGCAGCCAGCCCGUGCCCGCCGCCCGCCGCGCUUUCCAGAGGCUGGCGGACGGCGGCGGCCGGCUGCGGGUGCCCGUCGUCUUCCUGACCAACGCCGGGAACUGCCUGCGGUCGGCCAAGGCCCAAGAGCUGUCCCGGGCGCUGGGACUGCAGGUGCCUCCGGAGCAGGUGAUCCUGUCCCACAGCCCCCUGCAGCUCUUCAGCCAGUUCCACCAGAGGUGCAUGCUGGUGGCCGGGCAGGGGCCCGUGGAGGAGAAUGCCCACGACCUGGGAUUCAAGCRUGUGGUCACCAUAGAGGCGCUGAGGAAAGCAUAUCCCCUCUUAGACAUGGUGGAUCAGAGCCGGAGGCCAAAAGAGCUGCCUCCUCCAACCACUGGCGUCCCCACUAUAGAAGGGGUGAUUCUGUUUGGUGAGCCAGUGAGGUGGGAGACAAGCCUGCAACUCAUUACUGACGUACUCCUGAGCAAUGGGAACCCUGGGGCAGAGCUGCAAGAUGUACCAUACCCUCACCUGCCUAUCCUUGCCUGCAACAUGGAUCUCCUGUGGAUGGCUGAAGCCAAGAUGCCCAGGUUUGGCCAUGGCACUUUCCUUCUCUGCUUGGAGAACAUUUACAAGAAGGUGACAGGCAGGGAACUGAAGUAUGAGGCCUUGAUUGGCAAACCCAGCCCAGUCACCUACCGCUAUGCCCAAUACUUGAUACAGCAGCAGGCAGAGAAACAGGGCUGGAAGACUCCCAUCCGACGCCUCUAUGCAGUUGGGGAUAACCCUAUGUCUGACAUCUAUGGGGCAAACCUCUACAACAACUACCUCAAGUCARCUCAGCAGAACCAGGUCCAGGCUGGGGUGAAGAGGAGCCCACAGGCAGCCAUUCCCCAGACUGAAGUUUCCCUGGAGCUGAGGAAUGACUGCAACAAUUCCGUGGAGAGCUGCGAGUCGAUUCUGGUCUGUACUGGGGUCUACCGCCCCAAUGCCAAUAUUCCCAAGAAAACAGAGCCACACACAAUGGAGACAGUGUUCCAUGGACAYCGGGACUUCUGCUUUGACCCCAGCCUGGUGGAGGCAUCUUACAUAGUGCAGGAUGUGGAUGAUGCUGUGCAACUUGCUUUUAAGAAGGAAAACUGGAGCUAGGAGUUAAAACAGGUGUGCCUAAAGAUCUACUGUAAGGAAUUUAUGUACUGGAAAGGGAAGAGGGCAAGAAUGGAGAGGGACCUGGGGUGAUCUUCCAAUCUAGCUAACAUGAAAGAAAACUUCCUAUUGCAGCAUUAAAAGCCCCUUAAUUUUAUUGAUACUCAUCUGCCGUGCCRACAGCCACCUACAGACUUUCCACUGUGACCAUACAUUGCUGCCAGCCGUAAUGGAGCCAUAAUGGAAACAGGGUAUAAGGAGUAGGCUUGUCCCAGCAAUCCCAGUUUUGUUCAGCUCUCAGAGUUCAUUCUUUUCCACACUUUGUGUGCAAAGAUCAGGAGAGCCCGCCCUCCUCUUCAUGAGGUGUCUGACGGUGAAGCUCUUCCCCACWCAAGGAGCCACCAUCAGCCAAUGCACCAUUUGUACAAUGUGCUGUUUGUCCAGUCUGUGACUCGAAUACAUCAGAAGCUGGGCUGUGGUGGCACUGUGCCAACAGAAGGCUUUAAGUCUUAACAUUCUCCUUGUGAAGAAUAAGUGCCUAUGGACUUUAACAAAUUCUGUUUGCCUGGGGAUUUGCUUCUGUAUCACUGUCAGUCUGAAACAAAGUUCUAUUUUGCAGUUCUCUGGCACUAUGGAGAGGCAGGGCCCCCCAAAGGAAGCUGCAGUAGCCAGAGCAACUUGCUGCAGGGCUGAGGUGAAAGUWAUAUUGUUCCCUCCCCCAUAUUCAGUAUUCUGUGAGCACUCCUGCCACACAUCCCACUAGGGAGCCAGCAGCCUCAGUAGCAGAGGAAACCACCGCACAGUUUGAAUUGGCAGAGUUGUCUUUGCCCAGAACUCAGUGCUGCAGCAAGAGGCACUUUUGGCACCCACUCUGAUCACAACUGUUGCAAGGAACAUCCACCUGCCCCUCCAGAGGGGCCCUUCUUUGGAACAAGGGUCAAAURAAAAAGCCACAGUCCACCUUUGUUCCUUCCUUGCAUGCAAGGAUUCAAAGAGAUCAUCAAGGCAGGAUGGUGCCAUGGCCCCAGAUCCCCAGUCCUGAUCUUUUAGAAUACAAAUGUCUGUGUCUUUCAGUUCCUUUGUCCCUCUCAUCCCUCAAGUGGUUUGCAGCUCAGGGGUACCCAUAUAGUCCAAUCUCUGGUCCCUCCUCUUUUACAUGCAGGUAGAGUCCCCCUAACAUGAGUGAUCAGCUGGGACUUGUCUGCCCAGGAACAUUUCCCUAACAACACGCACCUUCUAUUGCCUCUGUUCUCCUAGCUCAUGUUAUUCAGAGAAGGGUAAAACUUGUGUCUCCACAGACAUUCCAAAGAAGAUCAGCWAGRAYUGAAUGAGAAACUCAUGUGAAAGRUUUASCUUAGCAAGGAGUGUCUUAAUUCCAGAGGAGUGUUGUGAUUUUGGAAACACAAAUCAGUCUGUAUAUAAUGAAAAGCCUUGGAGCCAACACAACUGUUGGUGUUCCUAAUUAUAGUCAGCUCACACCACACUGAAAUAUCAGAAAUAGGUCUGCUCUGCUGUUUCUUUCCUUCUUCCUGCUUUACCAGGCAGCUCCAUACACAGGGUACAAACAAGAUGUUCUGCACAGAAGUUUGAGUUCUUAAUUCAAAUUUCAGCAUUUUUGUGCACUGAAAUUCUGUUUCAGCAGCUCUCCAUCCUCUCAGUGCUGAUGUGUCUUCCUAGGAAGGUCACUACAGUGCAGGCUCUAUUCUUGUGCCAGGCUCCAUGUCUGAAGCAGACCAGGUGCUCUUUCAGUGACCCAGCUACAAAAGYUCCUCUGUCUCCUCCAUUUUUCUAUCCUUUAUUAAUAGAAGCAGAAAAAUACCUCUUUGCAUGGGUUUCCCUUCUGCAAAAUCCAUAGUGGGAAGCAGUUUCUUCCUCUCUUAGCACUGCUURGUGGGGGUCUUGUCCCUUGUCUCAUCAGGACAAGAAUUGCUAUGCUGCUUCUAAAAGCAGCUGUAAUGGGAAGAACACAGAUUUGAAUCCUUUUCCUUUCACUGGAGAGGAAAUUACCAUUUCAUCUAGUUGCAGAAGACAAGGGCUUGUCUCCAGUUUCCAGAAGAGUGGGCACAGGGAGGGACUUUGCAUAUAACAUAGGGGAGGUCCUUUAGCUGCAGUACCUCUCCACAAUCACAGUUGUGCUGGUGCCCCCAGCAUGCAAGGCCUGAAACUGGCAUUCAAGCUCCAUUUAUUCUGCUGGAGUGGUAGCUGCAGUGUCCCUCAGCCUUGCUUUUCAGAGAUGCCAUCCAGUGCAGAAAGAGGAAUGUUCCCUUUGCUUGCAGAAUUUGCUGACUUGGGUGGUAACUUCCAUGGGAUUCCUUGGAAUGGUCCUCUAGGCCAUGAUUMCACAGACCUCAGGGAGCUGGUUGCUGGCAGGAAAUGUGAGCCACACCUUCAGUCUGGUGGGUGCUGAUUGCAGAAAUGCUGAGGUCUGUCCAUCUGCAGCAAACCUUUGGCAGAGCUCUGUCUUGUUGCUUGUCAAAAGUGUGGUGCC